GCUCUGCUCCCCUUUCCCCCCUCCCUCCCUCCCUCCCUCGUCGGGGCCCUGAGCACUAGCUUAGGUAUGUUGGUGCAGCAGCGGAAGCCUUUGCUCUUCCACCACUCCAUCUCCAUCUCCAUCUCCAUCCACCACGAGCAGGAGCUGGACCUCUCCCCGUCGCCGCUGCCUUUUCCCUCCUCCUCUGCGCUCCUAGGUUAAGAAGAGGAGGUGCUUUUCAAAGGAGAGAGCAAAAGAGAAAGUCCUUGCAUACCCCAACAAGGCAACCCGCCACUGCCUUUUUCUCCCCCUCCCCCCUCUCUCUUCCCUCCUCUGCUUUCUUGUUAUCUUCAACCCCAGCCAACGAGAGCAGAGCCGAGCCGAGCCGAGCCGAACAGAGAGAGAGGCCGAUAGGGGUGGACCGAAGAACCGGACGGCAAGAAGGUAGGAGGAGUGAGGAAGGGAAGGGAAGGGAAGGACGGCCGGCAUGUGGGAUCUCAACGACUCGCCGGCGGCCGAGGGGCCGCCGCUGUCCCCGUCCGUGGACGACUCCGGCGCCUCCUCCUCGUCUGCCGCCGCGGUGGUCGAGAUACCCGACGACGCCGAGGACGACUCCGCCGAGGCCGUCGUCACGCGCCAGUUCUUCCCCCCGGCCGCCCCGGGCGAGGGCGGCCCCGGCAACGGGAACGACCGCGCCGCGUGGCUCCGCCUGGCCGGCGCCCCCGCGCCCACCGUGGCCGCGGCCGCCGGAGGAGGAACAGGAGGCCCCGCGGCGGCGUCGGCGGCGGCCAAGAAGAGCCGGCGCGGUCCCCGUUCCCGCAGCUCGCAGUACCGCGGCGUCACCUUCUACCGCCGGACGGGCCGGUGGGAGUCGCACAUAUGGGAUUGCGGCAAGCAGGUCUAUCUGGGUGGAUUCGACACUGCUCAUGCGGCGGCUCGGGCGUACGAUCGGGCGGCGAUCAAGUUCCGCGGCAUGGAGGCCGACAUCAAUUUCAGCCUGGAGGACUACGACGACAUCAAGCAGAUGGGCAACCUGACCAAGGAGGAGUUCGUCCACGUGCUCCGGCGGCAGAGCACGGGGUUCCCCCGGGGGAGCUCCAAGUACAGGGGCGUCACGCUCCACAAGUGCGGCAGGUGGGAGGCGCGGAUGGGCCAGUUCCUCGGCAAGAAGUACGUCUACUUGGGGCUGUUCGAUACCGAGGAGGAAGCUGCCAGGUCGUACGACCGCGCUGCCAUCAAGUGCAACGGCAAGGAUGCGGUCACCAACUUCGAUCCCAGCACCUACGCCGAGGAGUUCGAGCCGGCGGCUUCGACCGGCGACGCGGAGCAGCAGAACCUGGACCUGUCGCUGGGGAGCUCGGCGGGGUCGAACAAGAGGGGCAGCCUCGACGGCGGCGGCAUGGACGACGACGGCGCGGCGGGGUCCGACCAGCGCGUCCCCAUGGCCUUCGAGCUCGACUGGCACACGGCGGCGGCGCGCAGCACCAAGGCCAAGUUCGACCAGAACUCGGCGCGUCAUCAGAUGCCCCCUCCAGCCCUGCAACUGCAAGCCCCCCACAUGCAGUUCAGUCCCAGGCAUCACCAAUUCGUGGGCAACGCCGAUCCGGGGACAGCGGGAGGCCUGUCGCUGACGGUCGGCGCCGGCGCCGGGGGCGGGCAAUGGCCUCCGCCUCCGCCUCCCCACCACUACCAGCCGCCGCAUCCGCAGCAGCACCACCAGCAGCAGCAACAGAGGCUGCAGCACGGCUGGGGCAACGUCGUCCCCGGCACGAGCUGGCAGCCGGUCCAGCCGCCGCCGCCGCCGCACCACCAGGCGGGGCCGGUGCCGAACAACGCUGCCGCCGCCGCAGCAGCAGCCGCAGCAUCAUCACGAUUCCCACCCUACAUCGCCACGCAGGCGCAGAGCUGGCUCCAGAAGAACGGGUUCCACUCCCUGGCCAGACCCACCUAGCCGCUUGCAGAGACACAAUCAAGAGCAGCCAGCCAAGAAGAUCUUCUUUCUUCAUCCAUCAUCCAUGGCGAAGAAGAUGGAUCGACAGGUGUGUUCCGCCGAACCAACCGGGCGAAAUCACGGAGGAAAAACUCAAGUUUCCUCGUCCCACAGCCAUUACCAGCAGAACCGAACUGAACUGAGAGUCUGAGACCGGAUGCUAGUAUUCUUUUUUACCAUUUCAUGUUUUCUUUCUUGCUCUUUUUCUUGAUUGAUUGGGUGAGAGCGAGAGAUGGAUUUGAGAGGAGGACGGAUGCGGUCAUGUGUAAAUGCAGAGUUCCCCAAGAAGACGAGAGACAUUGGUUCUAGCUCUAGCUAGCUUUCAA